CAAUCUUUGUGAUAUGAAGAAACAUGAAAUGCCAGAAUCGGUUCACUGCGGCUUUUUGAGUUGUUCCUUUUCUUUUCAUUCUUCAGUAACACGGCGUUCUGCUUGUUCGUCUUUCAGCACUGUUGCCAACGGUUUUGUAAAUCAACAGUUUCGUAAGAUACGUCCUGCAAAGGUUCAUUCGAAAUCUUUUGUUCAUCACUUGGCAAUGUCCAUAACCAGUACCAAGACACGUUAUAUCGAGUCCGAUUUUUCUGUUUUCCGAAUAUCUCAGGAUGUUAAAGAAGUAGAAGCUUCCUUUGGUGACUAUUUUGUGGAAAUAGCGUCCAAGGCAAUAGAGAAACAAGGUAGUUUUACACUGGCCAUUUCAGGUGGCUCCGUGUUGCAAUGUUUUUCCAACGCGAUCCUGGAAACAGCUGUUCGAAGAGAACGUGUUGACUGGGAAAGGACUCUUAUAUUUCUGGUUGAUGAACGAUACGUUCCCUGGGACGAUCCUCAAAGCAACUAUGGACAACUCCACAAAGUCUUACAAGCAAGCGGUGUCGAACACAAAGUAAAAGUAUUUCCUGUAAACACCUCCUUGUCCUUGGAAGAGGCUGCGUCUAGUUAUGAGCAAGAUAUAUUGUCUUGUCAGAAUGAAAGAGACUUUAUUAAAGUUCUACAUCAACCUGUGAAAUAUCAGUUGGAAAAAGUUCCGGCUUUUGAUCUAAUACUGCUUGGGUUGGGAGAGGAUGGUCAUACCGCAUCGUUGUUUCCCAAUAAGGAAUUGCUUGAUGAAACCAAGAAACUUGUGGGAUAUGAAACAAGUUCUCCAAAGCCUCCUUUAGAACGUAUUACGCUAACACUCCCAACAAUCAACCAUGCAAAAAACGUUGCGUUUAUUGUAGUUGGCAAAGGAAAGGCUCAAAUAAUGCAGCGACUCUGUGAAGAUCACUCCUUGCAAUAUCCGGCUCGCCUGGUUGUUCCGAUAUUUACUCGCAAAGAAUGGUUUGUUGACGAAGACGCCAUGUCACAAGUCGUUGCAGCUCAAGAAGCUCCGAGAGAAAUGCUAUAAUACUUACAGUGCUCGUGUACCCUCCUCCCUUUGACUCUCAGGUUUUUAACUU